AUCAACCAGUUCCUUAACUACCCUUGAGUAGAGCGGACAGACAUUUAUACAGAGAGACAGAGCAGUCAGAGACAGACAGAGGCAGUGAGAGGGACAGAAGAUGCUCUUCCUAGCCCUUCUCCUGGGCAUCAUGGUCUGCUGCACAGCCCAAGAGCAGAGCCCUCCAGUGAUCAAGCUGAACUCGGUGGUGCUGAGGGAGGCUGAGUGGACUAUCCCUGUUGGUACCUCAUCUUUCACCUUGACCUGUGAGGGCAACAGCACAGUUACCUGGUCUACCACAGCAUUCAAACUCAUGAGGAAUACUAGAUUGGGGAGUGUGAUUACCACCAGGCGCCUUACAGUAGACUACACUGGCACAUACAAGUGCAUGUAUGAGAACCAACCAGACCUCAGCUCAGAGGUCCACAUCUAUGUGAAAGAUCCCCAUAACAUCUUGGUGACCCCUCGAACCCUGGGAGAUGUGAAGGAGGGCAGUGAUGUUCUCCUCUGUCAGCUGACAAACCCCAUAGCCACCGACCUAUCCGUCCGUAUGGCCAACGGAGACCCUACACCCCCCGACAUGAACUACACUGUCAACCCAAAGAGAGGAAUCCUCAUCCGACAUCUUCUGACCAGCCACAGCGCAGACUACGUCUGCAGCGCAAAGAUCGAUGGGGUCACGAGAGUCUCCAAAGUUGUCCCCAUCUUCGUCAUUCAAAGGUUGCGUUUGCCACCAUCUGUGCUAAUUGAGGUAGAUGGGUAUGUUCGUAUUGUCGGAGAGCAGCUCCUGAUCCCCUGCAUCACUAGCAACCCUAACCACUUCUACAACGUGACGUGGAAACACUCCUCCCUCAAAGCAUUGGACUUUUCACAUAAAAUGAUACAAGAGGACCAGAGUAAUCAAGUGCACAUCACCAGUAGUGUGACUAUCCCAGCUGUGGCCAUGUCUCACACAGGAAACUUCACCUGUACAGCCAUGAAUGAGGCUGGGUUCAACAGCUCCACCACCUACCUGCAGGUUGUAGAUAAGCCUUACAUUAGGCUCAUACCCCGCCUGUCACCAGAUCUCUACUUAAAUGGCUCCUUACUUGAAGUGAACGAAGGAGAAAACCUUGAGAUAAACAUUCAGAUCGAGGCGUAUCCCCAAAUCAAGGAGCAGUGGUGGGACGUCCCCAUGUCUCACAGUCACAACAUCUCCACUCAUGACGACACAUGGGCCGUUCGAUACAGUAACAGGUACGAGAGCAGCUUGCUGCUCCAGAGAGUGAGGUCUGAGGAGAGAGGCCAGUACACCCUCCACACUAGGAGCGCAUGCCUCAAUGGAUCCAUCACCUUCAACGUCCAAGUCUACCAGAAACCCACUGCCAUGGUCAGACUGAAGAAUGUUACCACCCUGACCUGCACCGCCUCUGGAUACCCAGCUCCCACAAUCAUCUGGUACCAGUGCCCAGGAAUACAAAACACGUGUGAUGGUGACAAUGACACCGUGGAGGUGCAGCCUCUUCUCACCAGCACCAUGGAGGUGCAGAGUGAGCUGACCCUCAGUCCCUCAAGUACGGAGGUCACAGUGGAGUGUGUGACCUUUAACCUGGUUGGUAAAGAGCGGGACAUCUUCGUAUUGCGUGUCCCUGCUGCGAGUACAUCAACAUUUGUCACGCCCAAGCUGUUCACACCCACUUUCAUUGGAGCCACCAGCACAGCAGCCCUUCUCUUCCUUCUGCUUGUCAUUGUCCUGUACAAAUACAAGCAGAAACCAAAAUAUGAAGUCCGGUGGAAGAUCAUCGAGGCCAAUGAUGGGAAUAACUACACCUUUAUUGACCCUACACAACUUCCGUAUAACAAGAAGUGGGAGUUCCCUCGUGAUAAGCUGAGGCUUGGCCAGAUUCUGGGAGCAGGGGCUUUUGGGAAAGUAGUGGAGGCCACUGCCUAUGGUCUGGGGACCGAUGACAACAUGACCACGCGCGUGGCAGUAAAGAUGCUCAAGCCAAGCGCCCACUCAGAAGAGAGAGAAGCUCUGAUGUCAGAACUGAAGAUCCUCAGUCACCUGGGAUCUCAUGACAACAUUGUUAACCUGUUAGGGGCAUGUACUCAAGGAGGCCCAAUGCUGAUGAUCACGGAGUACUGCAGCUAUGGCGACCUGCUGAACUUCUUGCAUGGCAAGGCCAAGCUGUUCCUGUACUCUAGCCCGAGCGGACCAGGGACUCCAGAGGUUCCACGGGUUCCAGAGAACAGUGAUCACUACAAGAACACAUGUGCACAGGAGUCCCGUGUAAGGAGUGACAGUGGGAUCUCCUGCUCCAGCUCAGACAACUACCUAGACAUGCAUCCAGCGCAGAGACCCAAACACUGUCCUAUGGGUUCCCUAUGUGAGGAUCCAGAGACAGGCACCUGGUCGCUGGACAUAGAAGACUUGUUGAGGUUCUCCUCUCAGGUGGCUCAGGGAAUGGACUUCCUGGCAUCCAAAAAUUGCAUUCACAGGGACGUGGCGGCUAGGAACGUCCUCUUGACCGAUGGCCGUGUGGCUAAGAUCUGCGACUUUGGCCUCGCCAGAGACAUCGAGAAUGACUCUAACUAUGUGGUGAAAGGAAAUGCCCGUCUGCCAGUGAAAUGGAUGGCCCCUGAGAGCAUCUUUGAAUGUGUGUACACAGUGCAGAGUGACGUCUGGUCCUAUGGGAUACUGCUGUGGGAGAUCUUCUCUCUGGGUAAGAGCCCAUACCCUAAUGUUGUGGUGGACACCCGGUUCUACAAGAUGAUCAAAGAUGGAUGCUACAUGUCUCAGCCGGACUUUUCCCCUCCAGAAAUAUACACCAUCAUGAAGAUGUGCUGGAACCUGGACCCAACAGAGCGUCCAACCUUCAGUACCAUCGGCCAACUUCUCCAAAAGCUACUGCCUGACCAGCCAGACCAUACCUACAGGAAUGUGCAGGAUACGACUCCACAGCAGGAAGCAGGAGAGCAGGGGGACCCAGCUAAGAUGAAUGAGGAUUGUGAUCAGACACUGAACCAGGAGGGAGAGGAGCAGGCCCUGAUGAAAAAGAACAACUACCAGUUCUGCUGAGAGCACAUCAGGCCAUCAUCAAUGACUAUACAUUCACAUUAAAAUCUGUCAAUCACAGGCAAGAGAUGGGUGGACACACACCAGUUUAUCCAAAUGUCUUGAUUCUCAUUGUACAGAACAUGCCAUACAGUAGCUGCCAGUAAGCAAAAUCGGGAACUAAGCUUUUAUGCCUUGAUCAUGUUAUGCCUUGAUCAUUGAUCAAACGACCAAAAGCUCAUAAUUAGGUAAUAGCCAGAAGCCAGAAGAGGACUGGCCACCCCUCAUAGCCUGGUUCCUCUCUAGGUUUCUUCCUAGGUUUUGGCCUUUCUAGGGAGUUUUCCCUAGCCACCGUGCUUCUACACCUGCAUUACUAGCUGUUUGGGGUUUUAGGCUGGGUUUCUGUACAGCACUUCGAGAUAUUAGCUGAUGUACGAAGGGCUAUAUAAAAUAAACUUGAUUAAUUGAUUGAUUAAUAUAAAUGUAAUUAUCUUUAAAGCUGCAAUAUGUACGUUUUUGGGUGACCCCACCAAAUUCACAUAGAAAUAUGAGUUAUAGAUCUGUCAUUCGCAGUGAAAGCAAGUCUAAGAGCAGUAGAUCUGUUCUGUGCACUAUUUCUAUGCUUUUCCGUGCGCAAGUUUCGUUUUUGCAUCUUUCACUUUCUAUUUUGUACACAAGAUUCAAACAGCUGAAAAUACAAUACUUGUUAUUUCACAGCGGUUUAGACGGUACAAUGAUUCACAACACUAUACUUGCUUGUUUUGUCAUAAACUGAAAUUAGGCAUACUAUUAGAAUGUUAGCAACCAGGAAAUGGCUGAGCGAUUUCUAGAUAAUGUACCUUUAACAUUUAUGAGAUACUUUACUAACUGAUCUAACCGGCUUGAUAAACUCGAUGAAUGUCUAUUGGAAAAGAACGCCAGUUACAUAUGCAGCUUUAUGUUUCCAAAACUCCCAAAAUUCUCAACACCAAUUUUACUGAACUGAGAUCAACGUUUCAGCAUGCCUAAGCAGCACAAAAAGACAUAGUUAUUGCAGAAACGUUUUACUAUUAUAGUGUAUAGUAGCAACAUAGUCUCUUUUGAAAGUUUUUCUUAAGUGUUUCAAAAUCUGAAGUGUGUGAACUUCAAUGUAACCAAAUGAUUUCUGUUUUUUGUCUUGCCUUUAGAGUAAGAAAUGCUUUACAUUCAACUGAAACGUACUGUGACUCUUGGCACUCUCAACACCAACUUCACAAGGUAGUGACCUGGAAUGAAUUUCAAUUAACAGGUGUGCCUUGUUAAAAGUUCAUUUGUGGAAUUUCUUUCUUUCUUAAUGCUUUUGAGCCAAUCCGUUAUUGUGCGGAAAACUUCAAGAACUUUCAAAGUUUCUUCAAGUGCAGUCGCAAACACCAUCAAGUGCUACGAUGAAACUGGCUCUCAUGAGGACCGCCACAGGAAAGGAAGACUCAGGGUUACCUCUGCUGCAGAAUAUAAAUUCAUUAGAGUUAACUGAACCUCAGAUUGCGUGAAUCAUACCUUCAUGGUCGAAUUGCUGCAAAUAAACCACUACUAAAGGACACCAAUAAGAAGAAGAGGCUUGCUUGGGUCAAGAAACACGAGCAAUGGACACUAGACCAGUGGAAAUCUGACCUUUGGUCUGAUGAGUCUAAAUUUCAGAUUUUUGGUUCCAACCACUAAAGGUGAAUGGAUGAUCUCCACACGUGUGGUUCCCACCGUGAAGCAUGGAGGAGGAGGCGUGAUGGUGCUUUGUUGGUGUCACUCUCUUAUUUUUAUUUUUUUAAAUUCAAGGCAAACUUAACCAGCAUGGCUACCACAGCAUUCUGCAGCAAUACACCAUCCCAUCUGGUUUGAGCUUACUGGGACUAUAAUUUGACUUCAACAGGGCAAUGACCCAAAUCAUACCUCCAGGCUGUGUAAGAAGUAUUUGACCAAGGAGAGUGAUUGAGUGCUGCAUCAGAUGACCUGGCCUCCACAAUCACCCGACCUCAACCCAACUGAGAUGGUUUGGGAUCAAUUAGACCGCAGAGUAAAGGAAAAGUAGCCAACAAGUGCUAAGGAUAUGUGGGAACUCCUUCAAGACUGUUGGAAAAGCAUUCCUCAUGAAGCAGGUUGAGAGAAUGCCAAGAGUGUGCAAAGCUGUCAUCAAGGCAAAAGGUGGCUACUUUGAACAAUCUAAAAUACAUUUCUUUUUUUUUGGUUACUACAUGAUUCCAUAUGUGUUAUUUCAUAGUUUUGAUGUCUUCACUAUUAUUCUACAAUGGAGAAAAUAGUCAAAAUAAAGAAAAACCUUGAAUGAG